UCUACAACAGAGAAGUGAAAGUAAACCAAUGAUCACAUUUGGAGAGAUGUGUGGUCACGGGAGAAUUGGUUGUAUGUGUGUGUGUGUGUGAAAAAUAAAUAAAUAAUUAUGUAAUGCAUCUAACUCAGAAGUCUUACACAAAGAGGGGACAUGCGUCUUGUUUUCAUUCAUCUUGCCUGACCUGUUAAAGAUGGAUGAAGUGAUGGAUUCUCAAGAAAGUGUGACUGCUGAAGUCAAGCCAGAGGAUGUAAAGAACGAUGCUCCAAAAACAAAGUUAGCAGAUGGAAAAGAUGAACUCUUAUGUGAAGCAGAAAAGCACGACAUCACAAAAGACUGUGUGCUAACGGAGAACGCAGAAGAUGACACACCAUCUCAGAAGUUGAAGGACUGUGAGUCUGCAGCUGGGCCGGAUGAAACUUCCCUUGCAGACAGCAGGAGUGACACAGCUCAAACAAAUUGUUCUAAUGGGCAGAAGAGGCCCAGUUCACCUGGUCCUCCCCCUGUUAAAACAACGUGUGUUGCUGCACACUCUCCAAAUCCAAAACUCAACCUCUGUCUUAGCAUUAGUCCCGGGAAGGGUGUAAGUACGCCGAGUGAUGUGGAGAUGCUGAGUCCAGACAGCCCCAUCCCUAAAACCAUGCCCAUCAACAACUCUGCAGACAAGGAUCAUGAUGGCGGUGCUUGUGCAGAGGACUCUGGCUUUGCAGAGGCUCAGGUAAUGGAAUCUCAGCAAGUUGUCAAAGACUCUGAUUCCACAUGUUCGGCCAAAGACGAAGUCAAUCUGGUUGCCACGGGAACUGAGGAUGCUGAGAAAGCAGAAUGCAGUGGCUCGUCUGAUAUGAGCCAGGAGUUAAUUGGAAGCCAGUCAGGUUCAUCUUUGGAAAGUGUUUCAUUAGCAUUGCAUAACAUGGACAGAGGAUGGCUGGGGACACCCAUAGAUGAGCUCAACAGAAUGCCUCAGUGUGCCCCCCCUUUGUCUCAUCUGAAAGUAGUGCCUAACCAUACUGUCACAGUCAGGACCGAUCUCCUCAGAGAGGGAGAAGUCCCUGUUCCAUACCCCUCCAAGUUCAAAGAUGCUUGGGAUGAUGUGUCUGUGAAAAUGCCCUGCUCUGAGAAGAAUCUGUUUCCUAUGGAGACUGAGGAUGGAGGUGGUGUCCAAAGUCGUUGGGAACUGAUCCACACUGCCUUGCAGGGAGGGUUCAAAAGUUCUCUGGAUGUGAGGGAUGCAAUAUUGAGAUACAACAUAGCCCAUGCAAAGAAAUGGGACUUCACUGCCCUGAACCUUCUUUGCACAGAGUGUCUUGAGCAUUGUGAGGCACAACAUCUGUUUGAGGUUAUACUACCAGCUAUGGUUGACCUAGCACUCAGUGCUCCUCGCCUCUGCACAAUGCCAAUUCCCCUACUGAAGUCAAGGAUGAAUCACUCCCUGACUCUGUCUCAGGAGCAAAUAGCCUGUCUUCUGGCCAAUGCCUUCUUCUGCACAUUCCCCCGACGCAACUCCCGCAAGUCAGAGUACUGCAAUUAUCCUGAGAUCAACUUCUACAGGUUAUUCGAAGGUCCUUCACCAAGAAAAAUUGAGAAAUUUAAAACUUUGCUGUGUUACUUCAGGAGAGUUACACAGACCAAGCCCAAGGGUCUUGUUACAUUUACAAGACAAUCAUUGAACAAUCCUCCAAACUGGGAAAGUUCCCAGACUCAGCUGACACGCCUACAUAUCACUUGUGAGGGGACGAUUGAGGAUGACGGUUACGGGAUGCUGCAGGUGGACUUUGCAAACAGGCUUGUAGGUGGAGGAGUAACAGGACAUGGACUGGUCCAGGAAGAGAUCAGGUUCCUCAUCAACCCUGAACUGAUUGUCUCUCGCCUGUUUACUGAAGCUUUGGAAUACAAUGAAUGCCUCAUCAUCACAGGUACUGAACAAUACAGUAAAUAUUCUGGCUAUGCUGAGAGUUACAAAUGGAAGGAGAGCCACAAUGAUGAAACUCCCAGGGAUGACUGGCAGAGACGGUGUACAGAGAUUGUGGCCAUUGAUGCUCUUAAAUUCAGGCACUUCCUAGAGCAGUUUCUCCCUGAGAAGAUGAACAGAGAACUCAACAAGGCAUACUGUGGAUUCUUCCGAAGUAACGCCAACCGCCAGCACCUCUCUGCAGUAGCCACAGGCAACUGGGGUUGUGGAGCUUUUGGUGGAGACACACGGCUCAAAGCGCUGAUUCAGUUGAUGGCUGCAGCAGAGGCUGGGAGAGACGUGGCGUACUUCACAUUCGGAGAUGCUCAGCUUAUGAGAGAUGUUCAUGAAAUACACACUUUCCUCACAAAGAGAGAAGUCACUGUCGGGAGGCUGUACAGCCUUUUGAACCAGUACUCCAGUGUGGUGUGUAAGAACUGCCGCACGACUCGACCUGACGUCAGUCUCUACAGUUUCAUCUACGAGAAAGUCUCUUCACACCCAACCUCCGACAUCCACGCUUCCAAGGAUUCUGGGAUUUCCUUCUCAACACUGGACUCUCAUUAACUCGGGGAGAGCUGCAACUUAAAGUAAAAGAGACUCCAGGUUCUGAAACCUCAGUGUUCUCUCAGCCAUGUGCUUACAAUCACUUUUUCUCUCACAAACACACACUCCCUUUAAGUUUGUGAUCCCAACACACAAACUACCAAAACACAGUUUUGCCUUUCUUGUUGGUGGUAUUAUAGGAGCCUUGUAGGAUGUCACCAAAUGUGGUGAGAAGUUUUCAGAGACUUAUAGCAAUAGUAAAUCCUGGUUGCUGUUAGGCCUUUCUUUAGUCUAAAUGUGAUGUGGAAUUCUUCUGUUUUUACUUUCUAAUCACAGUAUGGCCAAAUAUUCAUCAUAUGCAUGGUUGUUAACACGUUUUGUUAUUGAUAAUCCAGGACAUGAUAAUGCUUCAACUUAUAUGUCCUAUAUUGUGUUAGCUACUUUUUUUUGAAUGAGUUGUCUUCUCUAUUUACUAUACCCAGGCUGUGGUGAGGUUCCUGAAUGCAGAGAGAUAAUGAGAUGCCAUACUGUAGUCUAUGCAUGGGUAACAUUUAUUUAUCAAAUAUUCUACAAAUAUAUGCUGCUCUUUUAUAUCCUCUAGGAUGUCGAUGCUCAACACACAUAUUGUCCUUAUUUUAAUAUGAGUCAAAACUUAUCAAUAAAAAUGAUCACUGGUAUGAGAGUCAUCUCAGAUGAAAUAGAUAGAGGAAAUUUAUGGUCAUUUUCAUCUCAGACCACUGAGUAAUUUAAUCAUUUCAAAUAUAUUCAGUUAAGCACAGUAUUACUACUGUAUAUAAAUAAAGGGGGAAGCAGAUAAAGAAAGAAUUGCACGCAAAAUAUUAUUUUUGUUAAUGUUUUUACUCAACAUUUACUUUGGGGAUGUGGUUAUGUUUUUAUUAUUUACUGUAUUUCCUGAUUGACAAUGUGGGUUCUAUUUAAUAAUGGUUUCAUAGAUAGAUUAAAGACUGUAAAUGUAUUGCGUAGUAUGUUGUACUUUAGAUUAUUUUGGUUGUACUCUUUAUAUUAUAAUUUCUUAAUUAAAGUAUAUCCUGUGUUGAUAUUCCUCUGCUCAAA